UUCAACGUUGAUUACACUUCUCUCAAUACUGUAUCCUCGGAUAUACUCGUCGCCAUUUCUCCCGGAGGUGCAAACUCGCCAGCUUAUUUGAUUUUCACCCGGCGCUUCGCGAAGACCUGCGACUGGCGAGUAAAUCAGAGUCUCAAGCCACGGGAAUCGCGGCGAUAGCGUCUCGUGACCAUCUGGCACUGUAGUUUUCGCGACGAACACAAGCAUUACCGGCAUCGCUGCCGCAGGCAAAGCGACCCAGACAUGUCUGAUGAUGAGAUCGAGCUCAGUCAGCUCGACGUUUUCGAGCUUUACCACCUGAUUGAGGAGAAUGAAGCGAGACCUUCAAGUCGCGAUGGAGGACCUGUGCUUCCUGCUGUCGGACAUGCUGUCGCAGGUGCCAUAGCCUCGGCAUUGGCCAAAACCUUGGUAUAUCCUGUCGAAAUCGUCAUCACGCGAAUGCAAGUUCAGAAGCAAUUCAAAUCCAAGAAUGAAGCUCCUUCAGCAGCCGCCGACGCCGACGCCGAGUACAAAUCGAUUGCAGAUGCCAUUCAGAAGAUCUAUCGCACCGAGGGCGGCAUGGGAUCUUUUUACACUGGACUUGGAUCAGACGUCACAAAGGGCAUUAUCGACUCGUUCCUCUUCUUCCUAGCAUAUCAAGCCAUUCGCACGUACUUGAGAGCUCGUCGGAAUGCCAAAAACUUGCCAGUAUUCCAGGAGCUUGCUGUCGGAGUAAUUUCCGGUUGUAUCAGCAAGUCAAUCACAUCUCCCAUACAGAAUAUCGUAACGCGACAACAAACGGCAGCGCUCAUCGCAGCCCGGCAUCCGGAGUCGAAGGGCUCGUCAUCACGAAAGGCUCCAAGUGUCCGCGAAAUCGCACAGCAGAUCAAGGCCGAGAAGGGCAUUGCCGGCUUCUGGGCCGGUUACAGUGCCUCCAUUAUCCUGACACUAAACCCAGCCAUUACCUUCGCUGCGGAGAACUUCCUAAAACGCUUGAUUCCCCGCGAGAGGAGGAGGGAUCCUCCACCAGCCAUCACCUUCCUAAUAGCAGCACUCUCAAAGGUCAUCGCAACGACCCUUACUUACCCCGUUAUGCUGGCAAAAGCCCGCGCUCAGACUUCUGGGAAAGAAGAUCACGACAAACAACGAAAGAAUCCCGUCCUGAAAGUCUUCGAGGGUCAACUCAAAAUAUUCCGAUCGCUACAUCGAAUUUAUUCGCAAGAAGGCAUCGCUGGCUUGUACUCCGGAAUCGAAGGCGAGGUGAUGAAGGGCUUUAUUCAACAUGGGUUGACCAUGAUGGCGAAGGACAGGGUCCACGGCGGAGUGAUUAUCUUCUACUACACCGUGCUCCGACUCACGAAACAGUGGCCUGCUAAAGCGCAUCAGAUCCAAGAAAAUAUUGUAGAGGGCGCGGAAAAUGUUGGUUCGGCUGCUGCGCAUGGCGUCGGUGAAAUAGUCAAGACUGUGGCCAAGAGCAACGAGUCGUGAUCAUCCCGUCUUCUGAUGCUCCUAUUUUGCGCGAACAGAUUGGAUUAUGCAUUCUAGCCAAUCGGUCUUUUGUCAUUUGAGCGUUCAUCUAUCAUGUACAUACAUACAAUCACGGCCGCAUCUUCGCAACAAAGGUUGCGAUCAAUAUUUCAUUGAUUUGUUCU